AUGGAGUUUACAGAUGUCGAUGUGACCGAGAUCAUCUUCCAGGAGCGGCUAGCGAAACGGGACUAUUGCAUGGUAUUCUUGGUGGUUAUCAGAGGCAAGGCCUGUGUCAUGAAAGUGCACCAUGGUCAAGGCCCUAAACAGCCAUGGGACUCACAGAUCCGUGAAACGAAUAUCUUUAUCUGCGAAUCGACAGCGUACCGACGCUUGACACACGCUGGAGUCUGCGCCCGGGGUAUAACUCCUCAGUUCUACGGAACGAUUGAAAAUAUUGAUCCGACACGGUCCCUACCACAUCUUAAGGAAUUUGUCAAAGAUGAAUAUCCGCCCACAGCUAUCCUCUUAGAGUACAUUCCGAAAAUGAAAGAGCUGAAUUGGACCAAUUACAAUGAAAGGAGGAUGCAAAAAUUUGUUGAUGGGCUGAACACAAUCCAUGACGCACUAGUCUAUCACGAUGAUGUUCAUCCCAGGAAUAUGAUGAUUGUGGAAGGGGAUCCAGAAAGGGCAAUUUGGAUAGAUUUUGACAGGGCACAGACAUUUGAUGGAGAGCUUACAGAGAGGCAGAAGGAAUGGAUUGUGUUUGAGAAGGAGCUUAUGGCUGAGAUGGCUGAUUUUAUGAAACACGACUUUGUCAAGGGGAAAUUCGACAAAACACGUCAGUACUAUCGGUGA